AUGUCACCUCUCGCCCUCCUGCUGUUUGGGGUGAUCGUCGUGCUGCUGCUGAUUCUGCUAGUGAGGACCGCGUACUCCAGGCCCGACAACUUCCCUCCAGGCCCCCCUAGACUACCAAUAUGGGGAAGCUACAUUCAGUUGCUAGUGGGCCCAGAGCUGAUGGAGCAGCGUCGCUUCACGCUGAGGUACCUGCGGGACUUUGGCUUCGGACGUCGUUCCUACCACCUGGAGUCCGAGACCGAGGCUGAGAUGGCAGAGUUGGUGGAGCUCAUCCGGGGAGAACGGCAGGAUGAGGUUGUGGUGCAGCCAUCAUCAGGAGGAGACUGCAGCCGGCGCGUGCUGCUACCGGAUGUCCUUUUCCCUGGCUUCAUCAACGGCUUCAUGCCGGUGGUGGCGGGCAGCCGGCUGCCGCGGACAGCAGACGGGGUGUGCCGCUACCUGGGGCACGCAGGCCUGCAGACGGCCAGGGCUGGAGACGCCACAGGCGGUUUCCUCACGCUGCACUCCGCACUGGGCUCCAUCGCCCCCAAGAUGUCCGGCUACCACGACACGGUCGAGUCCGCCGAGAAGAUCCUGACCUACUUCCAUCAAGUGAUCAAGGAACACGAGAAGACAUACUCUGAUGAUCACAUGAGGGACUUCAUUGACAGAUAUCUGAGAGAUAUAAAGGAGAAAAAGAAGACGGGAACUGAUACAGUAUAUUCCACUGACCAGCUGGGGGUCAUUCUGUUCGACACCUUCUUGCCAGCUUCCAUGGUGCAGUCAACAGUGCUCUCCUGGGCCCUGCUGUACGUGGCCCGACACCCAGAGGCACAAAGGCGAGCACAACUAGAGCUGGACUCAGUCGUGGGAAACUCCAGGCUUCCAAACCUUAACGACCGUCUCCACUUACCGUACACAGAGGCCAUCCUGCGAGAGACGAUGAGGAUGCAGACGCUGUUGCCAAUCGGGAUCCCCCAUGCAGCUACAGAGAACACAACCCUACAGGGAUACUCCAUACCAAAGGGAACUGUGGUGGUAGCCAACUUAUGGAGCAUGCACAUGGACAAGAGUGUGUGGGGAGACCCUGAGAACUUCAGACCAGAGAGAUUCCUCAACAGCGACGGCACUCUGUGCACCAAGGACCUCACGCUAUCCUUUAGCAUUGCCGGCAAGUGUUUAUAUGUGUUCCCAUGCAAGCGGGUAUGCCCUGGGGAGACGUUCGCCCGGCAGAACAUGUUCCUCAUGCUGGCGACGCUUCUGCAGAACUUCUCAGUCCGGGCAGACGGCCUGCCGCCUCUCCACUGCAACAACCCGGGGGCCAUCGAGACGCCGCCUGCCUUCUGGGCCCAGUUUGAGCCCCGUAGAUGCGAGGGCCGCUGGAACCAGCGAGGGCUGCUGGAACCAGCAAGGGCCGCUGGAACUGGCGAGGGCUGCUGGUAUGGCUGGAACCGGCUGGCGCCGCUGGAAACCAGCUGGCAUGCCUGGAACUGGCUGGGAUGCUGGCACUACCAGAGCUCGAAACUGGACUUGGCACAGGCUGCUGCACCUGCAACAAAUCCUAACACUUCAAUGAUUGUAGUCAACAAUCCUUGA